UAUAAGCUUAGGCACCGCCCACUGAAGCUGUGCUGUGCUUGUGCUAGUGCUAGACAAGCCUCCUCUGCUAGGUAACCUCAGUGCAUUUACAUUUGCUGUUACUGAUACUUUUAGAGAAAUACAGCACACUCGGCCAGUACUGUUGAUUUGAGAUGGCUUGUUAGGUGUCUGUGCUGUGGUGGCUGCAUUUAGCAACCCUGCUGGUUAACUGUUGGCCGUAUUAGGUUUAGGCCUCACACACUCCAAGCCUGAGUUUCCAUAUGUUUGGGACCGCAGAGAGUCUUCAGGAAAGUCUCAGCGAGGGGCUGGAGAUCACUGCUUCACUUCAUCAAAGGUAGACACUCAUGGGCAGCCUGGGUGUUUGGGCUGUGGCUGUGGCCGCUCUGCUGGGAACCUCAGGAUGCUGGCUUGCUGAAGGGCACAAGAACAACAAUCGAAACAGCAUGGAUACAGCCGGCAUGUCACGUACCUCCUCGCAGGAACCACACUUCGUGGAGAAGGGGAAAGCAGACGGGAACAUCGAUCAAUCCCGCUCUGAACCAGAUGGAGGUCCCUGUCGAAGGACCUACUGCGGACGGGGUCGACAGUGUGUGCUGAUGGCAGAAACUGGCCGUGCUGAGUGCGUUUGUCAGGAAAAAUGUCGGCCCUCCUUUGUGCCGGUGUGUGGGUCAGACGGCAGGUUCUACGAAAACCACUGCGAGGUUUACCGAACCGCCUGUCUGGAGAGGAGGCGGAUCUAUGUGGUGCACAGCAAGGACUGCUUCUUCAAAGGCAAUGCCUGCACCAUGUCAGAAUACAACAGGCUGAAGAACAUGCUGCUUGACAUGCAGCCUAAAGUGCUGAAGACUGGAGAACAGAGCCAGCAGAGAGACAUGGUUGAGAAGAGAGCACUGGUGGACACCAUGUUCAAAUACCUGGAUGUAGUCCAGGAUGGCCGGCUUGUCAGCGAUGAGCUGGAAAAGAUCUCUAUAAAGGAGCACCUGGAGGACAGCCUGCUGGAGUGCACCAUGCAGGACCUGCUGCGUUACGAUGACUACAACAACGACGGACACCUCAGCCUGCACGAGUUCUACACGGCUUUCCAAGUAGUGCAGCUGAGUCUGGCAGAGGACCAGAGGAUCAGCGUCUCCACAGUAACGGUGGGCCUCAGUGCCGUCCUUACCUGCGCUAUUCAGGGGACGCUGCGCCCGCCGAUCAUCUGGAAGAGGAAUGGCAUCAUACUAAACUUCCUGGACCUGGAGGAUAUUAAUGACUUUGGGGACGAUGGCUCCCUGUACAUCACCAAGGUGACAACCAUCCACAUGGGGAACUACAGUUGCCAUGCCUAUGGCUAUGAAGACCUCUAUCAGACACAUGUGCUGCAGGUGAAUGUCCCUCCAGUGAUCCUGGUCUAUCCGGAGACACAGGCCCAGGAGCCCGGGGUGUCAGCCAGCCUCCACUGCCACGCCGAUGGCAUCCCAAAUCCCAAACUCCUCUGGCUGAAGAACGGCAUGGACCUGCAGCCCAGAUCCUCCAAACAGCUCUCUCUCAUAGCGAAUGGCAGCGAGCUCUUUAUUGGCAGCGUCCGGUACGAGGACACCGGAGCCUAUACCUGCAUCGCCAAGAAUGAGGUGGGCGUGGACGAGGACAUCUCCUCGCUGUUUGUUGAGGAUUCGGCCAAGAAGACCCUUGCAAAUAUUCUGUGGAGAGAAGAAGGGUUGAGUGUGGGGAAUAUGUUCUAUGUGUUUUCUGAUGAGGGCAUCACUGUUCUGCAGCCCAGCGAAUGUGAGAUCCGCCGACAUAUGAAGCGGACAGAGAGGAUCGUUGCUACCUAUGAGGAGAUGUGCCCUAAAGGUGAGGGGGUGUCACCUCAGCACUGCGUGUGGUCCUCAGCAGUGAACAUCAGGGAUAAGUACAUCUACGUGACCCAGCCCCUCCUGAGCCGACUGCUGGUUGUCGAUAUUCAAGCACAGAAGGUGGUGCAGGCAAUAGCAACAGAUCCAUUUCCAGUGAAGAUGCUCUACGACAAGUCACAUGACCAGGUGUGGGUUCUAACAUGGGGAGAUAUGGACAGAACUCAUCCAACGCUUCAGGUAAUUCCUCAAGCCAGUGUGGGAGAAGUACAUCACGCCAUCCGCACAACUUUUCAGAGGGUCAGCGACUUCUUCAUUCCUCCAACCAACCUCAUCAUCACUCAUGUGAGGUUUGCCUUUGUCUUCCUCAAAAAUGAACCUGCCGUACACAAGAUUGACCUGGAGACCUUCCACCGCGUCAAGACCAUCAGCCUGAAGAACUACAGCUGCAUACCUGUCAGCAUGGCCUACACACACCUGAGCGGCUUCUACUUCGUCCAGUGCCAGAGGAAGAGUCACCUUCAAGUCCCGCCCCAGCUCCUCAUCGACAGCGUGACAGACACAGUCAUUGGUUCAAAUCUCAACGUCACAGGGCAGCCUUUUGUGUCACCGGACGGCCGCUACAUAGUGACACCCGACUCGCAGAGCUCAAAGCUGAUAGUACAGACUGUGUCGUUCCAGGGGGAGCUGGGUCUGAACCGGGAACUAGACGCACCCAUAGCUGUCUCCGAUCUGGCUUUCCAGCCUUCCUUCACGGAGUCCAACCAGUAUGUGGUCGUGGCCACCUCAGGCUCGGGCACAGACCUGCUAUUUGCUGAUCUGUCCUCGGGCCACACUGAGGUGCUCCGAAGCCUCAAGGAGCCCCUGGGUACCCAAGCUUGGCCCUGGGGAGGCCCCAACAGAGUGGUGGUCUCCAGCGGGUUGUUCGGACAGCACCUGGUGACGCCGUCAGCCGAGUCCCUCUUUGUCUUGAACGGCAAACAGAGAACGCCGCACUGUGAGGUGUCAGACAUCAAGAGAGGGAACACAGUAGUCUGGGUCGGCGAGGUAUGAGUAAAAAAAAAAAAAAAGAAAAGAAAAAGAAAACAGGAAACAUGUGAUUAGGGAGAGACAAAAUGAAAAAAGGGAGAAGGAAAGAUCAGGCUAAAUUACCUAUAAUAAAGAUUUAUGUGAACAUAAGUUGUGGACUCAACCCUGGGACUGAGCAAGAGGGAAACAUGCCUGGGUUUAUUGUAACAAAAGUACACUUAAAAAUAGAGUAAUUGAGAAAACAUUAAGAAACCCUGUUGUGAUAUUUCUAUUGGGAGAAAGUGUCAAUGCCGUUCAGUGCAACAGUGAUCUAUGUGCACUUAACUAUACAGAAUUGUACAUUAUUGCACUUCCUUCCAUGUUAUCACAGCAAAUAGGUACCUGCAGAGGGGUUAUUAACGAACUAUGAACUAUGCACAAUGCUCACUUUUUUUAGAGUAAAAAGCUUUCCGAUUUUGUUUAUCUCAACGAUGUUUGUCGUUUUCACCAGUGCUGCAUAUAAUCACCACAAACUGUCUGUCUGUCUGUCCUGUCUACCUUUAUUGUACGUGUGUUCUGCGUCCUCUUAAAAGCUACCAACCCAUCCGUUUACUCGCCUUUGUCAUGGUAUUGUACUGUAUCCUCCCUCUGAGAGCUUUCAUUCUCACGCCAGCAGAGGUUGGCUUUAUGCACAUGUGUAAUACCCACUAUUUUCAUUGUCUAUCCAAAGAGCCCGAUUGGCCCAUUAGCUGUCAACAAUGGAUGUUUCGCCCGCGGAGGGAGCCUAACCAGAAAUGAGCAGUGCAUCUUGUGGUCUCUUGCACUUUUAUAAUCUGUCCCCCCGCUGUCUCUCACAUUUAUUCUGUACCUGCAGCACAACUCUGUGCUGUGGAGCCUGAAAAUGCCACUUAGCAGAUUCCCCCAGGGUAAUGACUCCGACUUACGCUGACCCACAUGCUGAGGCCGUGCCAAAAGAGGCAUCAGCUCCGCUAUCUGACCGGCUGUGAGCAUUUGUACAUCUUCCCAGAGAGCCGCACAUCAAGAUCAAACUCUGAGGACUGUAACACAAAGAGGAUAUACUUUUUUUAGUUUCUCUCUAUCAACCACGUAUGCACAAUGUAGUGGUACAUUGGGGUACAUUUGUACACAGAUUUACAAACAUUAGCAUGGCAAACUUUCAAAAUUUAUUCUGUUUCCAGGAAUACUACUUAUAGGUUGUUAAAGAACUAAAAUUACAGUAACUGUACAUGUUGCCUAACAAUGUUAUUAUCAAAAAUACAUAUGCCUACUUCUAAAAAGCCCGGUAUUUUCUGUCUCGAGGCGGUAACCAAAUAAACACCAGCAACUCUUCGUCCAUCAAAAGAAAAGCAGAUAUUUUCUCUCUGUGGUUGAACUGCAUCAUCUUCAGUGUAAUUUGCUUUUGCCAUUUGCGCUAAUCAUCAUAAUGAUGAUCCAUUAGUAGCAAGGUAACACUGCUGCUUCUCUGCAUUUAUAAUAAUGGCAUCAGAAAUCACUGAAACCACAGUCUCCUUAACAUGCCUGCCUCUUGACAGUCGUGCUGAGGUGUGCAGCUCUGACAGCACACUCGAUGGCUCUUACAUGCUAGGCUAAAAUGGGCGCCAGUCUUGGGGAAAUGCCUUUCGUUCUGUUUUUUUUCUCCUUUACGCUGCUUAACCUUUCCUUGUGCCUCCCAGCCUCUAGCUACUACUAAAAAAACCUUGUCCUCUAAUAUUCAGCUGUGGAAGAUGAAAGCACUGUGUUUUAAUAAGCAGAUUCGUGUUUUCUUCUCCCAUAAAACAAAUUUAGAUCUUUCUUAAUCACAGAAGCCGCUUCACAUUACCAAUACAUGAACUGUGUGUUUCUGAAUAUUGCUGGGUGGCACAACUAGUCGGCCUGUCAAAUUCUUUUUGAUUGAGCUUUUAUAGCCAGCCUGAAACACGAAAGCAAAAAAAAGCAUAUGAAAUAUUCCAGAACAAAAACAACCUGUCAGCUUGCUGUUGAAAUCAAAUGAAAAUAGUACUGUAGACUAUGGGAACAGCAGCACUGAUUGUCGAUCUCUGAGUGGAAAAAGUUUCUUGUGCUGAAAUGUGAUUGAUGCGAAAUACUCACAGCCUUCAGGAUCUUGCAGUUGCUGAUGCCUUUCUGGACCUGUCGGACAAAUGAAACAGCAAUCAGCAGAUUUAGAUGUCAAAGCCCAACUUUCGUGUGCAAAACAAAACAAAAAAAAAAGUCUUGUAAGAGAAGUGCACCGUCGUGAAUCCAGAUGAAAGGCCAUGACUGGAACAUAUCUGCUCAUAUGUUUUUGUUUUGUUUCUCCCCAGAAAUUAACAGCAGCCAAAAUGAAAUAUUUAUCAUCUUCUCCUGAUAUGUAGUUGUGCCUGUAACUCCCCAAUGCAAUGCAACGUGUAGGGUAGAAACCAAGCUGUGUUAGAAAAGAAAAGAAAAAAAAAAACAAAACACAGAAGUGAAGCAGAUUCGUCGUUCUUGUUUGUGAUUUAGGUAUUUGCUGCUAAUCUGCCAUGAAAAUCCAUUCUGGCAUGAAAGCCUGUUUGAUGAACCUUUUGAAGGCUUAUUGAUGGUAAUGUUUCUUAGACCACUGUUGCACUGAGGAGAGAAAUAUAAUACCUGACAUAUAUUUAUGUUUAUUGGAUGGACAUUUGUCAAAUUGGUAGCUCAGUUUUCUCACUGUGUCAAUGGAAGAAAAAAAAUUCUUAUUGUUAAAAUAUUCCGGCUCUGACGCUUCCUGAAGUCACUAUUCCAUCCAAAGUCACUCCCUGAUGGCUCUAAACGAGUAACCUAUCCGAGACAUGCAUGUAAUGAAAACAGAUGUUCGACAUGAUUAUCAUUGACCUCUCAGCGAUCUCUCACAGUCACACACGGUUUACAGUCGCUUGUGAAAAAGUCACUUUUCUGCCCUCUCAUUGUCACGUCUGUCAGCUUAUCUCUUAAGGUCGAUUCAGCAGUAAGACAUUGCUAUUAGAGCCAAGGAGAGCAAAGAACAAAGAGACUGCACCUGCGCUUGUUGAUAUAACUACAUAACUGGCUAGCUCAUGUUGUUCUGUUUGGGAUCUACCUUCAGUGUCACAUGACUAUUUCCAUACCUCUCCUUUUAACCCUCGAAGUAAGGGGCUGCAGAGCUGAACCGCUUGGUGUGAUAGACAUUGAUAGCAACCACUGUUGUAGAUAACAUUGUUCAUGUUUAGAACACAUUCAGACAUGACAAAACUGACUGUACAGUUUUCUUUAUGCAUUUUGUGUGUUCUGGUUUAUGAGGGAAUUGUUUUGUAAGAAAAAAAUCGAAUUAAAUAUAUUGUAAAAAUCA